ACAACAUCGUGUGUUCUAUCUUUUGUCUUUUUUUUUACAAGACAGAAAACGACCAUAAUAAUAUAAUUUUAUCUUGUAGAUGUGUACGCGUGCAAGGAUCGCUGUGACCAUUUGUAUGAAAAUUCGUAAUUAAUUACGUACCUACAUAGCUUUUGAAUAAAUUCUCUAACUACGUACAUUUAUACGCCCGACAUAUACACAGCUUUAAGCAAAUUGUAUUCAUUUCCAUGUAAAAAGAAAAACAAAACAAAGAGAAGAAGUAAAUGUUACUAGCGUAUAGAUCGCGUGUGGAUUCAUUUGUUUCACCUUUUUUGUUGUUGGUUAUUUUAAUUUUGUAAUUCUCGCUCUCUUUUGACACACGGUGAAAAAACACGAGGUGACGUUUACGUUAAGAUGUUCGAUAGUGAAAUAUUUAAUUUGAUAUAUUAAAUACAUGUGUAAGUCACCAACACCGUUGAGAAACUUCUUCUACGGAGUAUCGCUUAUUAUACACAUUUUGAGAAAGAAGGUGAAAGAAACACAAAAUGGGAGAUUUGUACAGAUCUUUUUUAAUAGACUUCCUAGCGGGAGGUCUUUCCGCGGCAAUAGCCAAGACUGCGGUCGCUCCUCUGGAAAGAGUGAAACUGUUGCUGCAGGUGCAACACACCUCGCCGCAAAUCAGACCCGAGCAACGAUACAAGGGUAUGAUGGACGCGUUCGUACGCAUACCUAAAGAAACAGGAUUGGCCAGUUUGUGGAGAGGCAAUCUCGCAAACGUUAUCCGAUACUUUCCGACUCAGGCGCUCAAUUUUGCAUUUAAAGACAAAUUCAAAGCCUUGUUUCUGGAAGACGUGCCACGGGACGCGUUUUGGCGACAGUUCGCGGGAAAUUUAGCUGCCGGCGGUGCUGCUGGCGCGACAUCGCUUUUAUUUGUGUACCCGCUCGACCUGGCUCGCACUAGAUUAGCUGCCGAUGUUGGAAAACACGAGAAGCGAGAAUUCAAAGGUAUAAAUGACGUUAUAAUGAAAAUUUUCAAAUCGGACGGUCUGUUCGGGCUGUAUCGUGGCUUCACCGUCAGCGUGCAGGGAAUUGUAAUAUACCGGGCGACAUAUUUCGGUUUUUACGACACCGCGAAGAGUAUGCUACCCGAUUCAAAAAGCACGCCGUUGUAUAUCAAUUUUAUUAUUGCUCAAAUAGUGACAACGGUGGCGGGCAUCGCGUCUUAUCCCUUCGACACAGUUAGGAGACGAAUGAUGAUGCAGUCGGGUCGAAGAAAAACCGACAUAAUGUACAAAAAUACGCUCGACUGUUGGAUAAAAAUAACAAAAACCGAGGGACCCGGUGCGUUCUUUAAAGGCGCAUUUUCCAAUAUUCUUCGCGGCACCGGCGGUGCUCUCGUUUUAACGUUGUACGAUGCGAUCAGAGACUCGAUCGAAAAAGCAAUAUCAAAAGAUAUUAACUAACUAGUAAACACGGUAAAAACUAUAUCACAUACAAAACAAUACGAUUAAGAGAAAUAGUUUCACGUUUUUACAUCUUCUAAGAAUCUUUCUUUUUAAGGCAACAACAGUAUAUACAUAUAUAUAUUGC